AUGACCGCUACCAUCACAGUUACGACUGAGAUUGAAGCGGACGGUCUCAGCCUCGAAGCAACACAACAAAAGUACGCCGAAGAGGCCCAGAAACGCUUACGGCCCGACGGCCCGUCACAGUUCGUGACUUUGAAUGAUAGCGAAGAUGAUCGACUUCGGCUGUUGAGUCUUGAUCCCUGGGUCGAUCAUGAAGCCUUGAACAAAAGGCCCUCCCCCGUCGUCCAGGGUGCUAGUUACAAGUUCCUUAUACUGGGCGCUGGCUUUGGUGGGCUUCAAUUCGCAAUUCAGCUUAUCGAGUCAGGUCUGGCCACGAGAGAUGAGGUCCGUUUCUUGGAUGCCGCUGGGGGUUUUGGUGGUACUUGGUACUGGAAUCGAUACCCAGGACUUCACUGCGACGUUGAAAGUUACAUCUACAUGCCAUUGUUGGAGGAAACUGGAUACAUGCCUACGCGCAAAUAUGCACCAGGAGCUGAGAUCCGCGAACACGCCGAGCGUAUUGCUCGUCAUUGGAAUCUUUCCGACACUGCUCUCUUUCGUGCCGAAGUUCAGAAAUUGCAAUGGGACGACGACACAAAAUUGUGGAACGUGAAUUAUGUUGAGCGGCGAGGAGAUACGGAGACUCCGAUACCGCAGACAGUACAAGCACAGUACGUGUACCUUGCUGGCGGAGUUCUAACCGCUCCUCAAGUUCCUAAGCUGCCGGGCCUCUCGUCAUUUUCGGGCGAAAUGUUCCACACCGCUCGAUGGAACUACCGCGCCUCGGGAGGGUCACAAGCUGAUCAGCGCCUGCACGGCUUUCGGGGCAAACGAGUCGCGGUCAUCGGCACGGCUGCCACUGCGAUUGGCGUGAUCCCGGAAAUUGCAAGGUAUGCCAAAGAGCUUUUUGUGGUCCAGCGGACGCCAGCCUACGUGAAACCCCGAAAUCAACAGAUCACAGAUCCAGAAUUUUACGAGACCAAGAUCGCCAGAAAGCCGGGCUGGCAAUGGGAGCGGCAGCUAAACUGCAACAGUUUCAUCACGAAUUCGGCCAAGCCAGGAGAGGAGAACAUGGUUGCCGACGGCUGGACAGACAUGCCGGCCUACUCAGCUGUGGUUGGGUCACCGUCCCACGGAGUAGUCGACGGUUCCGCAGACUCUCUUGCCAGACACAUUGCCGAGUUCAACGCUCUUGAUUUGCCACAUAUGAACGCAGUUCGCGCCAGAAUCGACAAAGUCGUUCAGGAUCCUGACAUAGCCGAGAAGCUGAAGCCUUGGUACAACUCAUAUUGCAAACGGCCUACCUUUAGUGACGAGUACUUGAAGUUAUUCAAUGAGCCCCAUGUACAUCUUGUCGAUACUGACGGGCAGGGCCCUUCAGCGGUCACCAGCAAUGGACUGGUCGUGAACAACCAGGAGCUCAAUGUCGAUGUCAUCGUGUUUAGCACCGGCUAUCAGAUUUCAAGCGCUCGAGGGGCAAAUCCAGCGGCCAAGCUGAAUGUAGAGAUCUUAGGCCACGAAGGCAGGUCCCUCGACGACAAGUGGAAUGAAAACGGUGCUGCCACGCUCCACGGAUAUGCGACAAAUGGAUUUCCAAAUCUCUUCUUCACUGGUUUGUCACAGGGGACCACCACCGGGAACAACGUCUGGAUGCUUCGAAUUAUCGCUGAUAAUGUCAUCUAUCUACUGACGGAGGCGUUUCGAAACACUCCAGAGGGCCGGAGACCGAUUCUCGAAGUGACGAAGAAGGGUGAAGAAGCUCACACAGCCGAGGUUGUAAGGCGGGCUCCCUUCUUCUCUUUGAGCCGAGGCUGCACUCCAGGAUACUUCAAUGGCCACGGACAGGCCAGAACGACUACGGAUUCCGCGUCGAGGGCUAAAGCAGCAAAGGGCUCUACUUGGGCUGAAGGCACGCAGUCGUUCUUGGAGUAUAUCAGGAAAUGGCGGGAACGUGGAGGGUUCGCUGAUGUAGAGGUCCAUUAUGAUUCUGAUCCACAGGCUUCUGUCCAGAAUGGAGAGUAG